AUGCCACCACAUUUCUCUCAUCUUCUUCAGUUAUUGAAUGUUGGCUGCUUCUCACCUCUGAAAACUGCAUACAGAGAGCAGGUGGAAAAUCAGAUGUGGCUUGAGAUCAAUCAUAUUGACAAGAAGAGGUUUCUGAGUCUCUAUUCUGCAGUUCAGAUGCAGGCCCUGACUGAGAGCAACAUUAAGAGCAGCUUUAGAGCUGCUGAGCUGGUUCUAUAUGAUUCUGAGCAGAUUCUCUCACAGUUUAAUAUCAUGAUGCAUACUCUUACCCCCUCAGGAACAUCUUAUAGCUCCCAGGCCUUCUGGGUGACAGUCAUACCACAUAAUAUACACCAAUUGAAGCAGCAGGCUGAGAAAGUUAAAGAAUAUAUCAAGCAUUGUGCACGUGUUCCGGUGAGGGUGCUGAAUCAGCAUCAUCUCUCUCUGCGACUCACCCCAUCCAAAAGACAAAUGUUGAUGCUCACAGCAGAGAACUAUACAGAACUAUACCCAGGAACUCAGCCGCAUCAUAAUUUUGGAGAUGUCACUCUGUGGCCUGCAUCCAAAAUGAAAUCCUCUGCUGCAUUCCACCUCAGUUCUGAUCCGUCAGCUACCACCCAGAACUCCGCCCCUGUUAGCAGGUUCCGCUGUCUAUUCUCCCAUGAUCUCAGGCGCAAGGCAAAACGAUGGCAAGAUGGCUUCCUGCGCUUCCAUUCCUUCAACAAACGCGUCAUGGUCUAUGAUACUCAGGGUAUCUUCGUUGGAGAUCUCCAUUGGUGCGAUGGCGAGGAGUUAAAUGAUGGUGAUGAGCUGGAGCUGGAACGCGGUGUCCUCGUGCAGGUCUGCGAGUGUGUUGAAAGAACCCAGACGGAUUUAACAGAGUUGCUGAGUAAGAGAAAACAUGUUUCGACUUCCUCUGCAGCAAGGGGCGCUGGUGGUUCGAAUGGUAAUACGUCUCCAAACUCGUCGGGACGGCUGAAGUCGCUGAAUGAGGUGUUGGGAAUUCAACGGACGCCAAUUGGGAGGGUUGCGCUACCCGCAAGGUCACCCUAUGAAGAACGCCAUCAGAUCAUUCGUCUAAACGAUGGUGCUGCGGCCACUGCUGAACGGGCUCCAAAGAGGCAGAGACAAGACGCCCGUGAGCGAGGAAAUGACGCUGAUAGAUCAUCAUGGCAGAACCCGCCUCGUGACUCAAGCUCAUACGCCUGCUUUCAGCCAGCAAGGGAUCUAGCUUGUGACAAGUCCGCUGCCUCCAAAUCUAGUUCAAAGAGUACCGCAGGUACAACAAAAGGGGGCGAGAGGGGCGAGAAGACGAAAUCACAGACCGUCAUCGAUCUAACUAACUCGAGCGGAUCCUUCAAUACUCUACGGAUAGCCAUUGAGAAGCCUCGUAGGAAAUUAUUGUACAAGGACCUACUCCCGCCGCAAGCCGUCCAACACUCAACGGAGAGACAGGACAGCGAAAAAUCAAGAGGGGAUAAGCAGUCCCUAUUGGUACUUGAAGAUAGCGCUGCUGAAACCGCUGAAGCCGAAAAUAUCCCUUCCCCUGUCCAUACCGUCAAGCCGGCUGCUUUCCUGUCAACCGCAGAGGCAAAUAACACCCUACACUUUGUACCGUCAAGUUCAACUCUGCACGCCCUAUUAGAAGCCGACCCCCCACCAUCGUCUCAAAGUACCAAAUCCAUAAACCGAUUCCUCAAUCCAAGUGUCCAAAAGCUGCCAGUGGCUUCUACAACCAGUAACCAGAGGGGGUCUUCUCCCAACCCUGCACCUCCUGCGCCUCAAAGUGCACAAUGCACUAUCGUCUCUCCUACCACUUCUCCUACUACCGAAACCCCUCCCCCCAGACCCCCUGAUAAUAGACCUCUAUCCACCCAUCGACCCUUGGUCCGGAACCACUCAGACAUCACCCCAUCACCAGCAACAGCUAAAAAUACAUCAGAACCCACACCACCGGCGCCACCACCACGAAUACAUCCAACGACACAACGCUCCGACUCCCUCCCCACCAUAGCUGAAAGAAGCAAACCAGCAACAGCAGCAGCAGCAGCACCAUCACCACCACCACCGCCGCUAGGCCCUGCUGCCCCUUCAAAAUCCUUCCAAAAGUCCCUCCCAGACACAUCGUCUGUGCGAGGGAGAACUACCUUGGCGACAGACCCAGCCCCUCGCAUGCGACAGAGCCUCCUGGCUCCGAAACGGAACCAGCAUGUUGCCACAUGCGUAGAUGUUGAGGAGGAGGAUCAGGGCCCGUGGACUGAGGAGGCGCUUGAUUUGUUUGACUGGUGGCCCGCUGGACGGCCGAAGCCGGAGGGCAGAAAGGUGGUUGGUGGUGGGAACUUGCAGUCCAUGACAAUGAUGUUGGGGUAA